UAAUUAUUCCAGAAACCAACAAAUAAUACCUUGUAACGGAAAUGUAGAUUUACUGAAGGAAUAUAUUAAAUCGGAAUUAGCAGAUUGUAAUUUUGAAGAACCUCUAUUAUCUGAGUCUUGUCCAGACUAUGUUAAAAUGGAGAACAACACCGUACAAGAAAGUAGUGAACCUGCCUCUAUCACUGCUGUCCAAUACGUUAAGGUUGAAAUGAAGAAAGAAUUAGAGGAAUAUGAUGUGAAACUUUGUGAAAAAACUUGUAAAGUGAAACUUGUGAAAAUGUUUGUAAAAUUUGUUGUAAGCAAUUUUCCUGUGCACGUAAUUUGAAAGGCCAUAUGAAAGUACAUACUGGUGAAAAACCUUAUAAAUGUGAAAUUUGUUCCAAGCAAUUUACUCAUGCAGAAUCAUGGGUGGACGUAGGCGCCGGCUCCACCUGCGGUUCCACAAACGUAGGUACUCCAGGAUCCAUAACAUACACUCUGUCCGUUGAAGACUACUUAUGUUUACUUAAAGAAGCCCAGGAAUCUAACCAGUCGUCUGCAAGAGUUUCUCUAGCAGGAUCACGACGAGACUCUCCUAGAAGCAGCCCCAAAUCGCCACCAAACAGCCCUGUACAGGGAACUGCUCUAAAUCUCGACUGGCAAAACUAUUAUAUAAAUACCGAAGCCAAAGAGGAAUCGGAUUCUGAGUUUUUUAACAAUUGGAGCAGUCGCCCUGAUCAACUACCGCCUAAGAAUUGGAGUUUCCGUCCACCAAAGCGAGAUCUUCUAAGUAUUCGAUAUGCCCGUGUUGGCAAUAGUAGCGUCUUUUCCCGUAAAGGCCUAUGCACCCUUUUCCUUACUAAUCUCAUCUCUCUUCUGCUGGGAACUGGCGUGGGUCUUUGGCUAAGUAAACACGGAUUUUUCGUUCCCGCCAUUAAAGUACGUUAAGAAAUCAAAUCUUGUCAGUGUUCCAAGCUGGUAGAAAAAGGAAAUAAGUUUAAGUUUUUUAUAUGGCUUUAUUUUAUAAAUUGAUCAAAAGUUUUUAUUAUAGGUAAGGUUUUUUCACACGUUUGAUAGGUAUCUUGUACACUAUGUAAUAAUGUACAUAAGUUAAGGCAGUGUACACCAGAGUUGAACAACAAGUUCGCUACACAAUAGAUGAAAUUCACCAAAGUCUUAAAUUAAUACAUUGUCAUACAGCAUUACAGGUAUUCAUGAGUGCCAUUUAAAACCGUAUGAAAGUACAAUUUUGCAGUUGUUCAGCUUUUGUAUACACAAAUGUGACAUUAUUUUAAUUUUAAUAUAUUCUUUGAUAAUUUAAACCUAGAUUAGAACCUUUUGAAGAAAAGUUUCUUGAAUCUGGUUUAACUGAUUUAUCUGACUAUAAUUUAGGUUUAUAAUUCAAAAGUUUGGUUACAGUUUCAAACAAUGCUUCUAACGCACUUAACAGGAAUGUCUAAUAAACCUCUUGAUAAAGCAUUUUAGAAACACUGUCGUAUGAUAGAUCAAGUCCACACAUAUAUUACAGAUGUAGACAGUACUAAAAUAAAUCAUAAAAGAACAAUGACACAAUAAAUAGAUCUAAAAAAUGUCGAAGGAAUAAAAGAAAAUACAACUUGGCACUGCGGCUUAGGAUUAGAACAUGUACAGGUGAUAAAGAAUGAUUGGAGGGAAAAGGAAAAUUAAGACAAAACUGACGAAACUCUGUUAAAUGAAGUUAUAGGAUUGAAAAGUGAUAUAGAAGAAAAACAUUGCAGUGAAAAAUACAUCAACAAAAACAACUCACCGAUUUUAGGGUUGAAUAAGAACACAAUAUGGAUGGAAUAGACGCACAAAUGUAGAAGUUCAUGGUCUGUUCAAGAAAAAUUUAAAUCAUAAAGACACAAACAUAAGCAAUCAACGGAAAUAUUGAUAUAAACUCCAAUAAAUAAUAUUACAGAGUCUAGAGUUUGUACAGAAAACUACAAUAAAGAAAUAUAAUACCAAAUUUGAAUAUUCGAAAUGCAUUGUGUGUUCUCAAGCAACUCUUAGAAUGAAAGAUAUCAACAUUAAUUUUUUAUUAUUACAAAACGCCAGAUCUAUCAUACUGUUAUAAAUCAAAAGUAACUUUCACCACUUUUGGAUUCUUUUUGUUUUAUCAGUAGCUUGUGAACGCUGCCUUGUGAAUGAGACUGGGAUUUUCUGCUAUCUAGUAGUAGUGGGUAAUGAAUUACCAAUUUAAAUCUCCUUAUUUUAUAUCUUAGAAGAAACUAAAUUUUCGUAUUUAUCUAUUGUUAUUUCUCUUAGAAUAUUAUUAAUUUAUAUUACUAACGUUAGUCGUGGAAAGAGACAUUUUGGUUUAUUUUGGAAAUUCAAUCAUUGUUCCUUAAAUUAAACUUAAUAUAUGAUGCAAAAGCAAUCCAAAAAAUUGUUAGAUUAUUCGAAAGCAAUGCAUGCCUCGAAAACUUAACAUUUUGUCGUUUUCUGUUUCGUAGGUUACCAAUUAUGCCCUGUUUUGGAUACUACAUCUACCUAUCAUUCAAGUAAUACCUUUGAAGCAAGCCAAGUACUUUAUGUUAUGAAAUUUAAACAAAUUCCACUGAUUGCCUUGUAGUUUAACUCAGUCAUGCAUAUUAAACAUUUCACAAAUGUUUUCUACGAAUUAGAUUUGUGUAUAUAAUUUUCAGAGGCAUACUAAUUUAACAAUUCUUCAUACUUACUGUGUUAAAAAAUAUUUCUCCAAACCAGAUUCACACAUUAGUGGUUUUCUCGAAUGUUCUGUACAUCAAGAGUUUCCCAACUCUUAUAAUCUUUUCAAAUAUUGCUUCAGUGUCAAACAGAUCUAACAAUACCUGCAAAAUUUAAAUUCAGAAUGGUUUUUAUAUCAUUAUCAUUAAGAUUAAGUAAAACACCAGUGCCAGUAAAUAAUGAUUGAAUAUCCAACCAUGUCAAUAUACAUCAGUGUCAAUGUAAAAUGUAUGUGGCUGCUAGAUGUCAUAAAAUUAUAUAUCUGUUAAUGUCAUUGUUUUCUACCAGUUUCUGUUGUGUUUGUGUUCCAGCUGUAGCUGGAAUUAUAUAGAACUUUUGAAAAUUUAUCUUUAGAUUACCUUUAGUAUUACUUAAGGAUAACUGUGUUUUCAAGUAAUCACAAAUACAUUUUUUAAGCAGG